CCCUUUCCUGUUUACUCCAAUGUUUAAGAUUCUGUGUUGGAACGUUCGUGGAGCAGGAGGGAAGAAAUUUAGAUCAGUAAUCCCUGAUCUUAUUCAUUUGUACAAAAUGGAUAUCUUGAUUGUCUGUGAACCUCGUGUACCUUACUCUAAGGUUAAAAACUUUCUUAGAAGGAAUGGUUUUCCUAAUGCUGAAGUUACAGAAGCUAGCGGUUUUUCUGGUGGAGUCUGGAUCCUCUAUGAUAAAAAUAAAGUCUCUGUGAGUUUUAUUGAUAAAAAAUUUCAGUCUGUUACUGUCAAGGUUGCUUUUGCAGGAGCUCCAGAUUGGGUACUUUCGGCCAUUUAUGCUAGUCCUACUAAUUCUAUUCGUUGCCAACUCUGGGAUUAUCUUACCAAUUUCGCUAUGAAUUGUCAGACCCCCUGGCUUGUCAUAGGAGAUGUUAAUGAGUUAUAUUGCACUGCUGAUAAAAAUGGUGGUUCCAUGAGAGGUAAGAUUGGUGGGAUGAAGAGAUGGGUUGAUAGCUAUGGUAUGAUUGAUCUUGGAUUUCAAGGGCCGAAGUUUACUUGGACUGAUAAAAGGGUAAAAGAGAGGCUUGAUCGGGGGUUUUGCAAUGACUUGUGGAGACUUGCUUUCCCUGAAGCUUUUAUCCAACAUUUACCUAAAAUGAAAUCUGACCAUUGCCCACUUCUUCUGCAUUCUACUUCUUUUGUUGCUUCUCAUGGUGUAAAUAGACCUUUUCGAUUUCAAGCUAUGUGGAUGAGCCAUGAGGCUUACAAUGAUUUCGUGUUACAACAGUGGAAAAACUACAAUGGUUGUCUCCAGAAUAAAAUUGGUUGGCUGGCUAAUGAUCUGCAAGCUUGGAAUGAUACCGUUUUUGGUAGUUUGUUCAGAAGGAAGAGACGGCUCCUAGCCCGCAUUGCUGGUAUUCAGAAAUGUCUUGAUAGGAGUGAUAAUCCCUUUCUCAUUCAGCUGGAGCAAGAUCUUAUUAGAGAUUACGAGAUGCUACGGGAACAAGAGUCAAUGUAUUGGCAACAAAAGUCUAGAGUUCAAUGGUUACAAAAUGGAGAUAGAAAUUCAAGAUUUUUUCAUAUGUCUACGAUGGUUAGAAGGAGGAGGAACAGAAUUGAGGGGCUCACUGAUAUUAAUGGCACUUUAUGCACUGAUCUAACUACCAUGAAAUCCAUUGCAUCUAGUUUCUUUGAAAAUCUUUUCACUUUUCAUUGUCAUGGAGAUUCUGAAAUUUUGAUUCCCAAUCUUUUUCCUGCUUUGAGUACUAAUGAUAUUAAUUGUUUGAAUAGAGAUGUUUCUAGCCUUGAAGUGAAGGAAGCUCUCUUCAAUAUAGGUGGUCUUAAAGCCCCUGGCGCAGAUGGUUUCCCUGCUAUCUUUUAUCAGAAACAUUGGAAUAUUUGUGCAGAUGAGAUUGUUCAACUGGUUGUGCAGGCCUUUAGAUCUGGAAAAAUUCCUGAAGGCCUCAAUCAUACUCUUAUCACACUUGUCCCUAAGGUGGUGAGUCCCCAAGAUAUGUCCUUAUUUCGACCCAUUAGCUUGUGCAACACCCUUUACAAGGUGAUUUCUAAAGUUGUGGUAUCCAGAAUUCGGUCUUCUCUAAGAAAUCUUAUCAGUCCCAAUCAGGUUAGCUUUGUACCGGGAAGACAUAUCUCAGACAAUAUCAUCAUUGCUCAAGAGGUGCUGCACAAGUACCAACAUUCUUGUGGUCAAAAAGGCUUCAUGGCAUGGAAGAUUGAUUUAUCUAAAGCCUAUGAUAGGCUUAACUGGGAUUUUAUUGAAGCAGUUUUAUACGAAGCUCAUUUUCCUGAAGGUAUUAUCAAGCUUAUUAUGAGCUCUGUUUCCUCUACUAGUUUUCAGGUAUGUUUAAAUGGUGAACUUUCAAAUGAAUUUAAGGCAAGCAGAGGCAUUCGACAAGGAGAUCCCUUGUCUCCAUAUCUCUUUGUCCUUUGUAUGGAGAAGCUUUCUCACUUAAUUAAAUCUGCAGUGGAAGAUGGUCUGUGGAAGCCUGUUAGAGCCUCUGGGUCUGGUCCUCUCAUAUCCCAUUUAUUUUUUGCCGAUGAUCUUAUUCUUUUUGCUGAGGCAAGCUGUGACCAAGCUAGAAUCCUAAAGAGGUGCCUAGAUUUGUUUUGUGAUAUUUCAGGGCAGGAGGUUAACUUUAGCAAGUCUGUCCUCUUCUGCUCCCCAAAUACAAGCAAGUCUCUUGCAAGAAAUAUUAGUCGAAUUUGUGGUUCGGUGUUGACUACUAAUCUUGGUAAAUAUCUAGGGGUGCCAUUGAUACACACUAAGAUUACCAAGCAAACUUAUGCAGCUGUGGUUGAUAAAGUGCAAGGACGGCUUGCUGGUUGGAAGGGAAAGUUGCUGAACUUGGCUGGCAGGUUAACUCUUAUUCAAUCUGUCUCUGCUGCUAUUCCAAAUUAUACUAUGCAAACUGUGAGAAUUCCUAUGUCCAUUUGUGACAGCCUUGAUAAGUUGAAUAGAGAUUUUUUAUGGGGGGAUUAUGAUGGUAAGAAGAAAACUCACCUUGCUAGUUGGGAGUUAGUCUGUAGACCUAAAGAGUUUGGUGGCCUAGGAAUUAAAUGCACUAAGGAUAUGAACCAGGCUAUGCUUGCUAAGAUUGGGUGGAGAAUGUUCCAAGGUGAUAAGGGUCUGUGGAGCGAUGUUCUCCAUCAUAAAUAUGUCAAGCAGGUCGACUUUCUCCAUCCUCAGUAUUCUUGCCCUACUAGGUGUUCUAGCACUUGGCGUGGGGUAAUAUUUGGCUCCAAAUUAUUGCAGAAAGGUCUAACAUGGAGAAUUGGUGAUGGAAGCUCAGUUAAUUUUUGGACUGAUACAUGGUUUCAUGGAAAGCCCUUAACCCUUACUUUUGCUCCUUCUAGUAUCACUAAUUUUCAUGCUAAAGUAAAGGAUUUCUGGAAUGAGCAUGGCUGGAACAUGGAUUUAUUAAGAUCGGUGCUGCCUGAUGAUCUGAUUAGCCAAAUUGUGAAGAUCCCUGCUGGAUAUGCUGGUUGUGGUUCUGAUAAGCUCAUAUGGGGUGCUACUUCGACUGUCAAGAGAAGAAUGUCCUCUGACUCUUCUUGCCCUCUUUGCCAUAACGCUCCUGAAACUAUUAUGCACUUGUUAAGAGAUUGUUCUCAUGCCUCCUCUAUAUGGAAUAAGAUCAUUUGUUUGGAUACCAUUACUAGAGCUAUGCAUCUGGAUUGGAUGAGCUGGUUGGCAGCAAAUAUUCGAUGCAAGAGAACUUGUUAUGGAGAGUUAAAUUGGUGUAUUGUCUUUGUUUUUGCUUGCUGGUACAUCUGGAAGUGGAGGAAUAAGAUUAUUUUCGAUGAGGAGUUUCAUUAUCCAAUUAAUCCCAGCAAUCUGAUCAUUGACGCUACUAAGGAGUGGAGCUCAACUACCUCAAAGAAUUUAAUUCUUGGCCAAAAGACUACUAUUAUGCUGCAUUGGACCAUGCCUCCUCUGAACUGGUGCAAGCUGAAUAUUGAUGGCGCAAGAGAGCGGAGUGGAAAGAUUGGUGCUGGUGGGGUUCUCAGGGAUUCUUCUGGAUCUUGGAUUUCUGGGUUCACUGCUAAUUUAGGUUGUGGCAGUGUUAUUCAAGCUGAGGCCUGGGGUUUGUUGUUGGGGCUUAGAAUGUCUGUCACUGCUCAUUGCCAAAAGAUCAUUAUUGAAAGUGACUCUGACAUCCUUGUCACUUUAGUGAAUCAAGAAGUGGAUGAACUGCAUCCUUUGAAAUCCAUUAUAAAUAGUUGCCAGUACUUGAUGCAGAAGUUUGUGAGCUGUGAAGUGAAGCAUGUUUUCCGGGAAAUUAACAUGGUUGCUGACAUGCUAUCCAAGUGUAGCCUUACUGAGGAUUUGGGUGUGCAUUUCAUGGAGCAACCUCCUCCGCAAGUUAUCAAUCUCCUUCUUGACGACUUGUGUGAAAGUCCUAAGUUUAGGACCGUAGUCUCUCAUAUGUAGUUUUUUCUUUUGGGCCCUUUGGGUCCCCAUAUAUCCAA